AUGCUGGAAGGUGAAAGAAUCUCGAUUUACUUUGCAGCAGAAUGGGGCCCCGCUACAUCGUGGGUUUUUUGGUGCCCCAUGGAGGUGGAAAAUGAACGCCCAGAGGACGGCGAGCGCGUCCAGCAGCUCCUGCAAGUUAUCGCUGAAUUCAAGCGCCGAGAGUAUCUACAUCUCUCAUUAAUAUCUUCCCUCGAGCGGUCUCUUUCAAAGGCGCAGUGCUGGGGGGCCCCUUUUGUCUCCCUUAUAGGCGACCCAGCUAAUAAAGAUAUAGGAGAAGAAGAAGGGGCCCCCCCUGGGGGCCCCCAGUGGGGCCCCACUGGGGUUGCUGCUCAGGGGGGCCCCUCGGGGGCUGCAGCUCAGGGGGGCCCCUCUGGGGGCCCCUCUGGGGUCCCCUCUGGAGGCCCCUCAGGGGGCCCCUCAGGGGGCCCCUUUCUUAGGGGAUUAGCUAUUGACCCCGCUACUUUAUUGGAGAUAAAGACAUUAAGAAAAAGACUUGCAGAGGCUGAGGGGGCCCUUGAAAGAGCGAAAGAAACACAGACAGCGCAGCAGUUUUCUGGGCAGAGCGUAACUGGGCAGCGGCUUAUAACGAAAUGCAAAACCCUGCAGCAAGAAAAUACAGAGUUAGGGAGGGCCCUGACUGAAGGAUCUUUAUCUUCUGCUACUGUGCAGCUUGGGGCCCUUAAGAAACAUAUUGUCUUCCUACAGAAAGAAUUAAGGCAACUCCGGGAGCUGAAUGCCGACCUCGAUGCGGAUAAUGAGGAUUUGUCGCAGCAACUGCAAACAGUUUUCGUUCAAUUCAGCGAGGUGAAGGCGGAGCGAGACUCUUUGAAGCUGCAGGUGGCGGACCUCGAGACCAAACUUAAAUCAACGAAGCUUACUAGGCCUUCUCACCCGGAAAGAAGCUACGCAUCCCGUGCAAGCCCCUCAGGAAGCAGAGGAGAUCGCAGGGCCUCCUCUACGGCCCCUUCUGGCGACUUUAGCUCCAGGGGGCCCCCCCUGGGGCCCCCCCGUGAGGAGAAGAGCAGCAGACCCAGCAGAAGGGUCUGGGAUGCCGAACGAUCUCCAGAGGGCCCCUCGCGCAGGGGGGCCCCCGAGGGGCCCCCAUCAACUGCACACAGCAGGCCCCCACGGGGUGAUAGAACUCGAAUGGAGCGAGGCAGAGACAGAGACAGAGACAGAGACAGAGAGAGGGAGAGAGACAGAGACAGAGACAGAGAUAGAGAUAGAGAUAGAGACAGAGACAGGGACAGGGAGAGAGAGAGGGAGAGGGAGAGGAGACCUAAGGAAACCCAGAGAAGGCCCUCGGAGGAAUCUAGGGGCCGCAGGGGCUCCGCCAGCGGCUCCUCGCGCCAGCGCAGCAGCGCCCGCUAG